AUGUCGGAUCAUCCGCGCAAGGAUGAGGGAGAGGUCACCAACCCGAAGCACGUCUUCAACGAUCCUCGUCACCGCCGUUUGGCUGGGGGGCUACCGCGUUCUGCUCACUUUCCUGGGCGGCGGCAGUUCGGUGCACUGGCCAAUGUGCUCAAGCCACGCCGUAAGGAAGGCCAGGGCCCUGAGAGUCACAGCCGUCCAAAGAGCCGGGAUCUGAGCUGGAGCGACUGGCCUAUCGACCCCGACGCUGCUCGACGAUUUAACGAGGAGCACAAGGUACACGAUGGGCACGAGGGUCACGAGGCAUACUACAACAGCGACGACGAGGAUGGCAAUCGCGAGGGCGAGCGAUCCGGCAAUCCUGAUCGACGCACUCCGCUGCUUCCUCCGCUAAAUCGGCAUGCGCCUCAAUACGCUCGUCAUAGCGCAACGCCGUACCGCCAGAUCGUCCAGGGCGAAGAGCAGCGGGUGCACGGAGACGAGGAGGAAGCCCAGCCGAAAUGGACCUGA